AUGGCAACACCGACGGGAAAUCAGGGCUGGGCCCAAUUGCGACAACAAGCACGGUCAUUGGAAUCACAGACCGAUACCCUUUUCCACACAUACUCGCAGUUUUCCCAAGUAUCGAAUAUACCCUCAAAGCCGACGCCGGAAGAGAGGGAGACCGAGGCCAAACUGGAAGAGCUGCUAGACAAGCGCGAGACCGUCGUGGGCCAGCUGGGCCGGCUGCUGGACUCGGAGUCGGCAUUGACGUCGUCGGCGCUCAAGCAGAACAACCUGUCGCUGCUGCGCGAGAAGCUGGCCGAGCACCGCCGCGACCUGCGCCGCAUCAAGUCGUCCAUUGCCGAGCAGCGCCAGCGCGCCAACCUGCUGGCCAAUGUCCGCUCCGACAUUGACGCCUACCGCGCCAACAACGCCAACCCCGAGGCCGCCGAGGCCGACUACAUGCUCGACGAGCGCCGCCGCGUCGACGAGAGCCACAACAUGAUUGACGGCGUCCUGUCCCAGGCCUAUGCCACCCAGGAGAGCUUUGCCCUCCAGCGCGAGACCUUGUCGAGCAUCAACCGCCGCAUCACCCUGGCCGCGAGCCAGGUCCCCGGCCUCAACACCAUUAUUGGCAAGAUCUCGGCCCGCAAGCGCCGUGAUGGCAUCAUCAUGGGCAGUUUCAUCGCCUUUUGCUUCUUAAUCUUUUGGUGGUUCCUAUGA